AUGAAUGACCAUCCCCACCCCCUUCCCAAAAGCGUCAAAGUCCGCUCCACCUGCAAUGCCUGCCAACAAGCCAAGAUCCGCUGCAGUCAUGAGAAGCCAGCCUGUCGACGGUGUCAGAAGCACAACAUCGACUGUGUCUACAGUAUAUCGCGACGCUUAGGGCGACCAGCGAAGAAGAAAGAUGCCGACGAUGAGAGCGAUUAUCGUCGAGAUCGUGAAUUUCUAGACGGGCCUAGUAAGCAAGACUCGCGAGCGCGGAAUUGUUCCAGGAACAGUCACGGCAAUAACAACAGCAGCAGCAACAGCAGAAAGAGAAGGAUGAAGCUGGAGGAUGAGCAAGAGACAGUGUUGGAUGAUACUCUCCUGCUCUUGGACAAGGCAGGUGGGAGUCAGAGUCUCUUGGAUCCUGUUGGUGCGAUAGAUCCGGUAUCUAGUUUACCGGGAGAUUGCUUCUUGGAUGGGGCUACUCCCACGGCUCUAUUCGCGGAUAGUGGCUUCGACUUAUUCUCCGAUAGCUGGGUGCAAGAGUUCAUUGCCAACCCGCCGGUCGAUCUCGCGCCGGAAGGUUUACUCCUGGAUUCAAUUGUGAGCAGUGUCAAGCCUGAAAGUACUGGCGGUCGUACUCCAGUAGACCCGAAGCAUAUUUCGAGAGGCUUUAUUCAGGAUACACCACUCAUCACACCCACGACCUUGGAUAAUAAGAUUGGCAUCAUGGAUGCUCCGUCGGAGGCAAAAUAUUUGAUAGAGGAUCCGCUGGCUUGGUCGUUGCCGUUCUCGGCCAUGGAUAAUUUCCCGACCAGACAGACAGCCACUGAGACAAAUGCAUUUGCUCAAGCUAAGAUGACAAAGAGGCCAUACCUGUAUGGCCUCCCUGCGGGUGAGAUGAUGCCCGUAUCAGCCGUGCUAGCACCACACGCAUAUCAAUUUCAGUGUCAUGAGUACACGAUCCAGGAAUCGUUCAGGCAGAUGUCGAUCGCGAUACGAAUGGGACCGUAUAUGUCGAUUGACCAUAUUCUUCAUUGUCAGCGUAUGCUGCUGAAUGUAUCCGACACAAUUCUCAAAUGUUGCGUCUGCUGCAUCACGAAAAAGGAUAUACUCAUGGUCGUCGUUGUUAAUAUCGACAGUCUAAUGACUAAUUUAGAGGCCAUAACGACCGGGGAGGCCGGGCAUACGCAGAGACUCCUGUACAACGGGUACCAUGAGCAUAUGCUGCCGGACUGCAAGCAAGAUGUUCCAGGAAAUAUGGCAAGACGGUAUCGGAGUGGUGGACUGCAUUUCAGGAGUCAAAUUGAUGCGUGUCCAUUGGUUGUCGGCAAGUUCUGCGUCCAGUCUGGUGACAAAUUCUUUUGUAUCCUGCAGAUCUUGUACAGCCAGUUAUCAGAUCUGUUGUCGACGGUCAAAAGAAUAAAUCUCUAUACGCAGGAGUCAUCGGCUCGCAUAUCAUUGACUAGAGAGACUGAGAGGAGAUUAGAGGAGGUCAUGCUGCAGAUGAAGAGGAUGACCAGGGUGUAGGCGAUAGGAAUGCCGUUAAUAGUUCAGCAACUCUGUAGUGAUUAGUUUGAUUCAAAUACUCAUGUUCUUCAAAAACCAUUCUGACCUAUAGCCCCCUUCUGAUGUCUCGUCUCUCCUAAAAUCAGAAUACAAUCAGUACUGGCUUCAAUUUAUUGCUAAAGCGAAGAUCUGCUUCUCGCGUUCAUUCAAACCACAUUGCUAUACGUCGACCAGCCUGCCGGUCACAACGAUAUCUGUGCAACCCACGGCGGGUCGAAUGACAACAUGUUCCACGACGAACAGGCUGUCCAGAUAUUCUGGACCAACAAAGCCAAAUCCUUCAAGGUUAAUCGGAAAUGUGAGGCUGCCAUGAAUCACACCCACCGAGGUUGUACUUGAAUGGAACGACACGUGAAGGCAAGUAUGAAGCUAGAUUGAGUCAUAUCCCAAGCCCUCCAUCACACAGCA